GUGAUAAUGUCCUUUAUUCUCCUGACCUUAAUGUGUGAUUUAGGGGUGAUAUUGUAAGGAGAAAUUAGGUGUUAGUCACCCUUAGCGUCAAAGAGUUAAGAAAGUGAAGGACAGUAGGGGGGCACUUGUUUGACAUUAUGGCCUUGGUGGGGAGGUACACAUGCAAAGAGGGGUGCUUACUGAAGUGUGGGCUCUACUUGAGGGUGGGUGCUUAAAUGAGGAAUAUGGUAUGUAACAUUUCAAAUCAUUUGGUUAGAAAUGAAAGAUAGCACAAAGUACUUUUUGGGGAAAAAAAAUUCCAAGAAAAUUCUGUCAUUUUCAGGUAUCAGACCAAUGAACCUCUUACUUGGGGAAAAAAUUAACAUGACUUUGUGUCUUCCAACAAAUAAGCAACCCCACUGUGACUUAAAUUUGAAGAAUACCCUUAUGUAGUAUAAAUGAUAUCUUAGUAUUGUUCUGAUGGCUGAAAUGUCAAUGAAAAGAAAAAACAUUCUAUGCAGGAUGCAUCAUGGCCUAAAUUUUGAUAUUGUGCAGAAGGUUCGACAUUUAAAGUUUCAAAACAAUGAAAAUGAGUUCUUUCAGAAUUGUUCUCCAGGCAUAGCAUGAAAGAAGAUGUGGUUACAGAGCUUUAUAUAUUGACAUUCAUGAAGUUCAAGAAACAAAUUGUGAUUGCCAGGUAUACAAGAGAGCCAGUUCCAGGACUCCAACUACAUGUGUAGCAAUGAUUUCAUCAGCUGUCAUCUGUUAAACUUCUUUAGGAGGUAAUGUUUAAUUGUUAUUUUAGACUUACUUAAAAUCCUGUUUUCCAGUUAUAAGGGAUUUAUCCUUUGCUUGCACUAUGAGCUCUCCAGGUUAAAAAUGUAGUGCACUCUUUUAGGGGUUAAAUGGUCAUUUUAUGUGACGCUUGCUCAAUAGUUUUAUAAUGAUCUUAGCAUGGAAGCCUCUUCCAACAUUACAGCAUAUUUCUAAUAGCUUGUGUACAGGAGGUUUGACAAGCAACCUUCCUGCUGGCAACCUUUCCUGUUAUUAAUUUGUGAGUGUCCUUCUUUUCUUGGCACUAACUGAAACUGUAUGUUGUAUGUUUUAGGUUCUCUAGCAAAUGGCCAGAUUUAAUGGAUGCUAUGUCUGCUGUAAAUCAAAGGCCACACCAAAGGACCUUUUGGGUUUUUUUGGUCAAAAUGUGUUUCUCUCUUACUGAGUUUGCCCAAAAGUUUCCAGAGUACUUCUCGAGUUGCAGCCUAAUCAGGCAAUUGGCAGUAUAUUAUCUUUAACUUUAGCAUCUAAUAUCAAGAGGUAUAUCAUGCACUCUGGGCAUAUUUUGUUUAGACCAACUGCAAGGGAAGUGAAGCUAACUUCAGUACUUUGGAGAUGUUAGAGAAGUUGAAGGAGACAGGGACAGGGAGCCUCUAUGGCAGAAAAAAGAAUUCUUUGCUGAGCAACUUACAGGAGGAAAUCUCAAGAGAUGUUCUGUCUAAGCAUGCCCAAGACAAGUUUGGGACAUUUGGGAGAGUAAAUGCCAGUGGCUUUUCAAGAGAUCGAAGUAGAGGACCAAUUAUUGAUGAAUUUUCAGAAGAUUCCUACAGUUUAUGUAGUAAUUCAGACUCUAAACGAACGGAUUCCAGCAACAGUAAAGACCGGCAACACAGAAGAACAGACAAAAAUGAUUCACGAAGGAGAAGCUACAGCCCCGUUGAUGAGAAGUUGUCUUCAAAUAGGAGAAGUCGAGAAGACACACCUACAAAACACAGUCGUAGUACAGACUUUAAUCCAAGCAGUCAACGCAUGGAUGAUGAUGUUGACUUAAGAAGUGUGUUGAAACAGUUCCAAAAGAGUAAAUGGGAGGACAAAACUGAGGAUGUUUUUCAUUCAGGUUUCUCAGGAGAGUACAAAGAUGAUGACCAAGAAAAAAGAGGUCCCUAUAAUGAUGGUAUCAAAAGAAGUGACAAUAGAGAAGCCAGGGACUAUUUAAGAACCAGUGAUGACAGAGACCACAUGAAAUCAAGAUAUGGCAGGGCCAAACAUGGAAGUCUGAAUGAUGGAAAUGCAGAGGCAUGGUUGGAUGCCUUCAAAGAGUCAUCUGCACUUGAGUUAUCAAGUCUGAGCACUGAUGCUUUGAGAGACUUCCCAGUAUCAGAGCUUGCUCAAAAGGUAACUCAAAAGUAUAAAACUGGCUUUGAGCUGGGAAGACCAUUCUUUGGAUUACAAUCAGAGGGCCAAGACAAGGAGAGAGGUUGGGAAAAUCAAAACUUUGAGGAUGUUUCAAAGGGAGCUGAAAGGUGGGAAAAAUCCUUGGAUGCUGUACCUGACCAUGGAUCAGCAUUGUAUGGUAGGACUAUGGACAGCGGAGAAAUCAAGCAGAUCAACAGAGACUACUUAGGAAAGUAUUCCAACAGCAGCAACCUCUCAAAAUCUAAAGCUGGUGAAGAGGACACUUUUGAUUUCAAAGACCACAAGACUAACAGUAGUAGACAAAAAGGCAAUUCAAAAUCGGUUGCGCAGCCUUUUAAAAGUAGUGCUUCAACACCACACACAGUUUUCAGUCAAAGUAAUUUGAAAGGUUCCACCUCAUCCAUGCAGAAUCCAAGGCAAAAACCCAUGUUUCCAUCUGGAUUUUUGCCAAGGCAGUUACAAAAACCAGUGGGUAAAAAUCUUAAGAAUGUGGAGGUUGGCAAAGGCAAAGGACUGAAUGAGCCAUCUUUAUUUCCACGUAAAAGUGGUUACUAUCCAAGGAACACAAAGGAAAUAUCAAGGUCACGCAGCAGAAGUUCUGAGAGAGGUGAUUUUACCAAAGACCUUGGGAGUGGCAUAAAAAGCUCUAAAAAAGAGGUCAGACCUCCCUCUAAGGGUAAAUUUACAAACCAGAAUUGGUUAAGUUCAGAUAGUAGUAUAAACCAGUCCACAAGAACAGAGGCUUCAAAACGCACUCUGCAGCAGAGUGUAGAACAGAGUGGCAUGCCCACAAACAGGAACCGUGGUAGAGGAGGGUUUAAACGCCGUGGUAGAGGAAAUUUGCAAACCAAGAGGGGAGGAAGAGGUACUGCAAUCAGUCCACGAGGCAGAGGAAGGGGUGCUAAGGGUAGGGGAAGUACUAAUGGUAUUAGAGGAAGAGGCACUAUGAGUUUAAGAGGAAGAGGAUUUGCUAUGCGUGGAAGAGGCAGGGGAAUCAGUCAGCCUCCAGUAGGUGCUACAGUCAGAAACAUAUUCAGAAGAAGUAACUCUCUCUCCCCUGUGAGAAGCAAACCUCGAAAAUCUUCCAGGUCUCCAAACAGUCCAAAACGAGACAAAAAAAGGAGAAGUGAAAGAAGUAAAAACAGUAGAAGUAGAAGCCGAAGCAGCAGUUUUUGCAGCACCUGUAGCAGUCACAGUUGUAGUACAUGUUCCAGUUGGCGCAGUGUUAGUAUUGACAGUCUGUCAAGGAAAGGUGACAGAGAAAGGAAAAGACACCAUAAACAUAAGAUGACCAGUUAUGAGAAGAAAGGAAAGAGUACAGUUAAAUCAGUAGAGAAAUUAAAAAAUGACAUUAAAACCUUGGAAAAGCAGCUCGAUCAAAAAUCGCCCAGGUCUGCAGGUGAGAAGAAAACAAAAGGUCCUGAAUGUAAAUUUGAUACAAAGACUGUAAAGGGGAAGCCAAAAAUUAACAUCAGAGAAGAGGACAAAUGGCUAGGGCAAAAAACAAUUAAAUCUAUUUUCAACAAGGGAAAAGAAGACUCUAAAGGUACAUUUCACUUAAAACUUAUGAGGGAGGGGUCACAUUUAGACAUUAAAGAAGAGAAGAAGGAUGUGAAAACUAAAGAAAAACAUAGUGCUGGGAAGAAUGUGCCAGUCGUUAAAGAAGAAAAGGGGAAUAAAGAACAACAAGGAAAAGAUUUGAAAGAUGUCAAGAGGGAAGGAAAGAAAAAGACGGACAAUGCACGAGAGGUAAUUUUCAAAAGUGACAAGUGGAAAGAGUCAUCAAAGAAGGAUAGAGAGUCUCCAGUUCGCGAGGUAAAGAUUGUGAAUGAAGGGAAGAACAGAGAAGAUGAAGUUCCUGAUGAGAAAUUAGGCUCAAAGAUGGAGCUUAAUACUCUUAAGAUAACAAUUGAUCACACUAAAAAGAGGCCUGACACCAACAAAGACAAAAGGUUUGACAAAGGGAAGGAAAAACUUUUGGAUAGAGGGAACAGGUCUUCCAAGUCCCCGCCUGGAAAACAGAAGAAAAAAGAGAAAGAGAAAGUAAAGGCAAAGAAGGCAAAGAAGAAAGCCAAGAAAAGGAAGUAUGACAGAGGUAGUGAAGAGUCAGGUGAUGAAUCCGUCUAUAGUAGUACAUCUGGCCAAGACGAGUCUUCUUACAGAUUGCAGAAAGGUCACUCUGAUGAACGGAUUGUAGAGUUUUCAUCAUUAGAAGGUUUUGAUACCAAUGCAAUUGCAGUGCAUUAUGCUAAAAGAGAAAAAGCAAAGCAUGGCAAAGGAAAAAUCAGGAGCAAUCUAAUAUCUGUUCCUGUGUCAGAAGGAGCAGAUAUUGCACAAGAGAAGAAGACCCCUCCAAUAGAAAGCUCACAAUGGCUAACUGAGCAACAGCAUGGCUAUGCAUUAACUAAUGAAGGACAACACAGCAGCAGCAGUGAUAUCCCUUAUACUGAAAUGUUGCUUCCUAGUGAAGGUGAAUUUUAUGAAGGAUAUACUGAAAGUGCUGUUGGGGAUCAAGAUUAUACUGUUAUGUAUCAGGAAGGUGAGAAUCCCAGCCAGGUAUGGCCAUCAGAGCAUGCAUUGGGUGAUGACCCUAACAACUACUAUUAUGAAGAAGGAGUAGAGGGGGAAGGUUAUGAGCAAGAGUACUAUUCCUAUGGUCAAGAGGGUGACUAUACAAUUGGUGAUCAAGGAGAGAAUCAGGAGUGGUGUGAGGGUGAAUAUUCACAAGAAGGUGCAGAAGGGGAAGGUUUUGGUGAAUAUGAAGGGGAAUAUUACCUAGGGGAGGAUGGACUUUAUUACCCUGUCGAAGGUGAGGUGUAUCAGGAAUAUCAGGGAGAGUAUACAGAGGGUGGAACAGAUGGGCAGGGUUUUGAUCCAGAGCAGGGUGGUACCUACAUUGAAGGUGACUACCAGUAUGCAGAAGAAAGUGGAGUGUGGCAGCAUUAUGAGGAAGGGGCAGUUUACGAAACUGAGGAAGCCUGGAAUCAGGGUGAAGCAGAAGGACUUUGGCAAGAGGAGUACCAGGAAGGUUACCAUGGAACUGAGUCUGACUGGAACAAUGAGUACCCUCAAGAAUAUGAUGCUGGUGCACAAGGGUAUGCUGUUGAGGGGGCUGAGGUUUUGCCUGAAGAGGGCUAUAGCACAGGUGAGGGAUAUGAUCAUCAGUGGGCAACAGAGAAACAUUAUGUGGAGGAAGUUCCUGUCCAAGAGGAAGGCUACCAUGUUGAACAUGGUUCAGAACCUCAGCAACAAGGGCAGCCAGUUACAUCUGCAUCUCAUGAAGAGCCUCCAACAUUAAAAGAAGACAUGGCUACUGCACCAGCUGUGAAUAAUGUUCAACAAAGCAAACCACUUAAGUCUAUCCUCAAAAAGAGCAAACAACUUACAAACAAUGGUAAAGGGACGAAACUAGUCAGUGAACGCCUUUCUCAGAUGAAUAGACAGUCAGCACACACAACAGGUGUACUUCAACAAAGUAGUGCAUCUUCCUCAUCUAUCCAAUCUGUUCAAUCAGUUAAAGUACAAGAGAAGAGUCCAGACCAACCAGCUGCAGCAAGCUCCCAGUCUGAAGCAGAACGUUACCGUGAAAUGGAAGAAGCUAUUUUGUCUUCACAACCUAAAGAUGCAGUUGGCACAGAAUAUGUUGUGCGAGUCCAUGGAAGUGGGACAGCAAAUUUCUUUUGUAAACUUUGCCAGUGUCACUUCAAUACACUUACCGCUAAAAACUUGCAUAUAAAAGGAAUGAAACAUAUAGAGCUCUAUAUCCGGUUAAAGUCUUCGUUGCUACAAUCUGUCAUAAAAGAUACCAAGGUGGAAACUACAAAAAGACCUGCAGAUGAUGAUCCAUCAGCAGCACAAAAAAUUCCACGACGAUUUUAACUGGUACUACUGAUGGCUACAAGGCUGAAGAGGCUACACAAGGCCAGAGAUGUAAAGUAAUUUUGCACAUGAACUGGAAAAUAUCUGCUGUCCAUGUUUCUCCCCCCCCCCCCCAAAAAAAAAAAAAAAA